UUUGCUGCUGACACAUGAGCUGAUCCUUCAGCGUCACUCGAGGCGGGAGUUUGAUUUUGAGAUCACAGUCUGGUUCUGCUUUUUCAAGGUUCUGGGUCAGCUGACUGAAACUGGAGUUCCAAGCCCAGAGCAGUUUAUCAAAACCUUUGAGCACAUGAAGAGAUCUGGAGAUUACUACGUCACUGUCGUAGAAGACACAAAUCUUGGACAGAUUGUCGCUACGGCGACGCUGGUGAUAGAACACAAGUUCACUCACUCCUGUGCAAAGAGGGGAAGGAUAGAAGAUGUCGUGGUGAGCGGGGAGUGCAGAGGAAGGCAGCUGGGGAAGCUAUUAACAUCCACCCUGACGUUGCUCAGUAAGAGACUGAACUGUUACAAAAUUACACUUGAGUGUCUGCCCAAAAACGUGGAUUUCUAUAAAAAGUUUGGCUAUUCUGUAUCUGAAGAAAACUACAUGUUUCAACGGUUCUUUAAUUAAGAACUUGUUUUGUUGGGGGUUUUUUUUUUUGGUAAAGACUGUUGUUGGAGGAGCUUGGGCUACAAACAUUCUCUUCGUGGGAAAAUUUCUAUAGUUUAUUGCUGCAAAUAUAAUGAUCCCUAAAAAUAAUUAACAUCAAAUAUGUAAAUCCUGC